UCAAACUGCUGUCAAAAUCGUGAAUCACAUCUGAUCACAAUAUAAAUUAAUUAUUGUCGUAUUUGUGAAUACGCAUUGCCGGUACCGACUUUUUCAAAAGUUUCCUGUAGCUUUCAUUUUGUACUAUUGUACUAAACCAAUAAUUUAAUUAUGUCAGAGAACCAAGACACACCAAUGGCUAAUAAUGAAGCAGAUGAUGUACCUAAGGAGGCAGUAACUAGGAAUGGAGAGAAUCACAAAGAAGGUGGUAAAUCGCCAACUCCGCCCGUAACUCCGCCGCCCGGAGAGGAAGAAACCCGGGAGAUUAUUGUAAUCGAUGAGAACACAGAUACUCUGGAUUUGAAUCACGGCAGAAUCGGUAAAAUUGAGAAACUUGAGCCUCUAAAGAAUUUGGAAAGAUUAUAUUUAAGAUGGAACCUCAUCAAGAAGAUAGAAGGUCUGAACACAUUGUCCACUUUAGUGGAACUAGAGCUUUAUGAUAAUCAGAUUGUGGUCAUAGAGAAUUUGGAUAACUUGGUAAAUUUAGAAAUACUGGAUCUUUCCUUCAAUAGAAUAAAGGAAAUUGCAGGCCUCAAUAAGCUGCUAAACCUUCGGAAACUAUUCCUAAGCUCCAAUAAGAUUACAGAAAUCAAAAAUGUUAAUCAGCUUCCCAAGCUUGAAAUGUUAGAGCUGGGUGAUAAUCGCAUUAGGGAAAUCAAAAACUUAGAAGGAUUGGGCACAUUGAAAGAACUCUAUCUCGGCAAAAACAAAAUAACAAAAAUACAAAAUCUUGAUGAUCUGAGCCACUUAGAGAUACUGAUUUUACAAAGCAACCGUCUAACUAAAAUCGAAAAUUUAGAUCAAUUGAGUAAUUUAGAACAGCUGUACCUAUCUGAGAAUGGUAUACCGGUAAUGGAGAAUAUGGAGAGUCAAGUCAAGUUGCAAACAUUGGAUUUGGCUAUGAACAGAAUUACGACUAUCGAUAAUGUGAGGCAAAUGAGCAAUUUGGAGGAGCUGUGGUUGAACGACAACCUAAUAGCAGAUUGGUCAUCAGUGGAUUACCUUCAAGAAAAUAAAAAAUUGGCUACGAUAUAUCUAGAACGCAAUCCUAUAGCGACAGAUCCCGCUUACAGGAGAAAACUCAAGCUAACGCUGCCUUCGCUGACACAGAUCGACGCUACUUUGUGUAGAUAAGAAUUCACUAUUUAUCAUAAAAGAACCGCGUCACGAAAGUUGAAAAAGAAGCUUUAAUAGAAAGUUCUAGGGUAUAAUAUACAGGCUUUUUUGAAUUACAAUACGUAAUUUCACGGCUAAAGAUUAUUUAUAAAAAAUUCAAAAUUUCUUUAUUCAUGUAGGCCUAUCACAGGCACUAUAUAGAAUGCUAGCCGCUACAGUUAAGUGUGAUUUAUGUAUACAAUUUUAUACAAAUAAUCUUUGGCCGAGUUUCGCUGCAGUAUAAUUCCGUCCGAUGCGGUUCAGCCUUUAGGACCUGUUAGAAGCGGUGAUAUACUAGUAAUAGGACUUCGGCUUCACUUUCGGGGGACCGAGUUCAAUGUAGUAUUACUUGCUUCAUAGGUGAAGAAAACCAUCGUGAGAAAAUCUGCAUGCCUGAGAGGUCUCAAAGAUGUAGGAAUUCCACCAAUCCGCUGAGCGUGGUGCUUAGACCUUUCUCAUUCUGAGAGGAGACUUAUGUCCUGUAGUGGGCCAGUAAUGGGUUGUUGACAACUCUGAUAUCUUUAUCAUCAUCAUCGUCAUGAUGAUCAUGAUAAACGUGUCAGAGUUUCCGAACUCUAGGCCACUAAAACAGUAAUUUCAACUUUCGUGACGCCAGUUGUAAUUUAAACUAGGAAUUUAUCACUACUAUUUGAUAUUUAGAGUAUUUGAUGCUCUUUACAUUAAUUCUAUAUUUUGUUGUAAAAGUGAAAUGGUAUUUUAAAAUGUGUAUGUGAUAUGGUCUAACUGUACCUAUUCUACCAUUAGUGGAUUGUUGUAGUGUGUUAGGGGUUUUACCCUAAUUGUGUAGUUUUGUUGUAAUUAUUAUGAAAUAGCUAGAAGUAUAUAUAUAUAGUCUUGAAAUAGCUAAGUUCAUUUUAAAAUAU